AUGGCUGCCGAUGAGGCGCUGUCAAUGUUCGCCAUGAUUGGACCACGAUGUCUAGCAACAAUCGGUCGGGAGGCUCUCCUGCCACCUGCAUUACAGCCCACAGAGAUUCAACGCACUGUACCCCAUCAUCCCUGGCUUGACCUCAUUCCCAUAUCUAAGAUGCGCGACAACCUGAGUCUAAUGGAGAAUCUGAUGGACGAUGGCCAAUUGUGUCGGGAUAUGUGCGGCUACCACUCUCAGGUACUUCGGGCGGGGCGUGGAUGUCAAACGGGGAUAGGAGAAACGGGAGUGAUCGUGUGGAAAGACCCCUGGGAUCCUGCUGGCUAG